UAUAUCGAGCCCUCGCUCUCUCCGGUCUCCUCUGUCCCUCACUGCUCGCCUCAGAGACCGAGAGUAACCUCUCCACCGAUCUCAAUGGCCAGCAGACAGAUCAUCGCCGACAGCAAUGCUCCACUCCGGCGACUAAUCCUCAGCCGUAUCACGAAGCAGUCCCACGCCAACGGGCAAGAUCGCCUCCUCCCUCUUCUCUUCAAUCCCAAUCAGACGGAUCGUCUCCUUCGCCCAAUCUGGGAAAUGAAUCAAUGCCCACGCACCGAUCUCGCCGCGGUUGUCCAAGACCGGUUCUGCCUGUGGCUUCGGCAGCCAGAGCAGACACGUGUGAGUGCACGUGGGCGGCAGAUCCCGAAGGAGGAUGAUGAGACGGAGGACUCCGAUGAAGACAACGAUGAAGUUGACGGUGAGUUCGAUGACAUAGAUGAUUUUGAUGAUGAUGUCGAUGAUGAGGAUGGUGAUAAGCAUGAUGAGAAGUGAAUGUAUGCUUUCAAUCAUCAUCAUCACCAUCAUCAUCAGUAUAAAACGGUCAUGCGAUUGAUAGGAAUCAAUUUAGGGAUUUAGCCGAUUUUUGAGCUAGCCGUUAAUUUCAUGAAUUAUUUGUGCUUCUGAAAUACUUGGGCACUCAGAUCAUGAUCUGAGAUCAAUAGUAUCAUUAGUAUAAUUUUCAUGCA